UUAGAUUAUGGCCUGAACAGUAUUUUGUAUCAGCGAGGCCUGUACCCUCCUGAGACUUUCACUCACAAGCAGCACUGGGGGCUGACCAUGCUUGUCACUUGUAAUAAAGAGCUUCAGGCUUUUCUAGAUCAGAUCCUUGCACAGGUUAAAGCUUGGCUCACAGACAUGACCGUAGCAAAGUUAGUGGUUGUCAUCAAGGAUAUCUCCAACAAUGAAGUUGUUGAAAGAUGGCAGUUUGAUAUUCAGUGUGAUAAAACAGUCACAGACAACACUAUAAGAGAGGUCUCUCACAAAGAAAUUCAAGAUGGCAUCCGAGCUGUGAUUCGACAGAUAACUGCGUCUGUAACUUUUUUGCCUUUGUUGGAAUCUACAUGUUCCUUUGAUAUCCUGGUGUACACAGACAAAGACCUGGAGGUCCCAGCCCAGUGGAGUGAAACUGGACCACAUCUCAUCUACAACUCCGAGGAGGUCAGGCUAAAGUCCUUCUCCACCUCUAUACACACAGUCAAUGCCGGUGUAGCAUUCAAAAAAUGCAGCUAGUCUAUUUUUGUAGUUAACCAUGCUGAUAUUGGACAUUUGUUUUCCUAAUUUCUGUAACCAUUCUGGUACAGGAUUUACUUUAUUAAUUAAGCUUCACUAUCUCUUUUGUUAGUUGAAAAUUAAAAUUUAGGCGUAGGUCUCAUUUAAUUCUUAAAGCCUUUUAAUUACUUUUUUGGUGUGCCGAGCACUGUUUUUAUAAAACCCAAAAUUACUUAAGUUUAAUUUUUCUACUGUAGGUUUUUCACUUUAUUUAUGAAAACUUAAUUACUUGUGAUCAGUGUUAAUUUAUUCAAUAGAGAAUCUAUGUAACAGACAUUAAGUAUUGUUUGGUUAAUGUGACAAUGAAAUUACUGAGUUUAAAUUAGCAAUAUAUUUGAAGAGCAACAGUUGAUUUUUCUGUUGUGUGAAAUUCUGCUAUGUAAAUAAACCUAUUAUUGUAACAAGUUAAAAGAUGUAUGGGCGUCUUUGUAUUUAUAUUUAAGGCAAUUAUAUUCUAAAAAUUCCCUUGUCAUAUUUUACCAUCUACAUAAUAAAUGGACAAGAUUAAUAUACAUAAAAUUAAAAAUUAUCUCAUCUCCUAUAAUGGUUGUAUUAUUUUAGGUAAAAAUGUUACAAAACACUACAUUAACAGCAAAUGUAUUUUUUGCAAAUUUAAAAUUAGUUACUUUUAGUUAGUAGUUUCCCUUUAUAAAUUAUAUUUAAGUAAACCUGAUUGGGUUUAUUGCUUUCUUUGUUUUACUGAUAAAUAGGCUCUUUCUCAUUUUAUUUUUAUGGAGUGAUCACCACUAAUGCUAAGCUUCAGUCUUUGACUAAAAUCAGAGUUAUGUUCAUUGUAAAUGUUAAUAGUUAUAUUUCAAAUUCCAGCCAUUUAAAACAUUUGUCACAUAAUAUGUUAAUAUAACAUUGUUAGCUUAUCUAAUACAGAAGCCCUUUGGCUAGUUGAUCACGUGUAUUGUUUGGGAUCACUGGUACUAGUGGUACAUUCUAUAUUUUCAACCAAACAAGUAAAAGUCUUUGAAAAGAAAAUUUUUAAUUAUGCGCACCACCGUGUCUUUCACUUUUUUAGGCUGUCAGUAUGCCUAUAUAUCUGGUGCAAUGAUGCCAUGUUUUUUAUUAGAAAAUAUAGUGCCAAGAAAAAUGCAAAAAGAAAAUUGAUGUCCACAUGUUUUAU